CCGCCGCAGGGUCCCAGCCACCAUGGCUGGGAUAGUGGUCAGUGGAACUCAAGUGUCUUACAUAGGCCAGGACUGCAGAGAAAUCCCAGAGCAGCUCAGCAGGGACUACGGACAUUUUGCAAAGAGGCUUGAUCUGAGCUUCAACCUGUUGAGGUCACUGGAAGGACUGAGCGCAUUCAGAAGCCUGGAGGAACUCAUCUUAGACAACAAUCUACUCGGUGACGACCUCGUGUUGCCACGGUUACCCCACUUGCACACCUUAACCCUCAACAAGAACCAAAUUACCGAUUUGGAGCACCUCCUCGAUCAACUGGCUAAAGCAACACCAGCCCUGGAGUACCUCAGCCUGCUGGGAAAUGUGGCAUGUCCCAAUGAGCUGGUCAGUUUGGAGAAGGAUGAGGAAGACUAUAAGAGAUACAGGUGUUUUGUUCUGCACAAGUUGCCCAAUUUGAAGUUUCUGGAUGCCCAGAAAGUCACCAGACAAGAACGGGAGGAGGCAUUGGUGAGAGGGGCCUUCAUGAAAGUGGUGAAGCCCAAGCUAGAGAGGACCUCAGAAACCCCUCUGGGAGAGUGGCAGAAGCUUAAGGUCCUGAAGAGGCCUGCGGUUGUGGGGAUUCUGGCGAAGUGGCGGGAGGUAUGCAGGUCCAAGGAAGCCUUCAAGGUUCAGGAGUAUGGACUGCAGAAGAGGCUGCAGGUCACUGAUAUACUUGAGAGGACAAUGGACACAGUCCUGGUAGACAGGACAGCUGCAGGGAAGUCUCCUCAUAGCCCCAGCUCAGCAGAAGGAUGCCUGAUGUUGAAAUAA